GGGGUGACGUUUACGUAGCGCUCAGGGAAUGCUGGUCACCCCACCCUAAUCUUGUUAUGCAAAUAGGCUUCCCACUUGGCGGGUGCUGUCUUGUCCACUCGUUUCUGUACACAUGGGUGGCAAAAAGAGAAGAUGGAGCUGCCAUUUAGAACAUGCCUAAUCCCAGCUUCAUCUUGCUGAGCAAAAAUGAAGGAGCCUGGACCCAACUUUGUUACUGUGAGAAAGGGUCUUCAUUCAUUCAAGAUGGCAUUUGUUAAGCACCUACUGCUGGAGUGCAGUGGUUCAAUCACGGAUCACUGCAGCCUCCACCUCCCAGUUCAAGAAAUUCUCAUGUCUCAGCCUCCUGAGCAGCUAGGAUUACAGACAAACCUUGGAAAUCAAGAAAGUUCUGGAAUGAUGAAGCUGUUCAUGCCAAGACCGAAAGUGCUGGCCCAGUAUGAGUCCAUUCAGUUCAUGCCGUGACAAUUUUCUUGGAACUCCUUUUUAUUGCUUGUGCUCCUGAUACAUCAGCCCAUUUCAUGGUACGUUGAAGCAUGCCUACCUGUGGGAUUGCUGGAUUCCCAGCCCAGUGAGGUAAUGACCAAGCAGCGUCUUCAGAGGAAGGAUAGCUGUACAGCGUGGUGAAGGACUCAAUGAGAAGGUGCAUUGCCCAUCCUUCAGAGAGCUCUGUGUGAAUCCAUAAAAGGUGCUUAAAGCUUUUCACUCCAUGAAGCCUCAUCUGUCUCAUGAAAGCAAUAAAUGUAAGUGGACAUUUGGGAGGAGAUGUUUGCUUUGCAUGCUCAUAACUGGAUGGCUCAUUUGGAUGGAGAUUGCCUCAGACAUCCAUGUAAGUCCUCCAUCCUAGUAGACAGCAAACUACUGCAGCACGAACCAUAUUACAUUACUAACACACUACAAAUUAUACUGAUACACACUACAUAUCACAAUAAUUCACAUUACAUAUUACAUUAGUAACAUCCUCCAUAUUACAUGAUUAACUCAUUACACCUUAUAUGAGCUGGUUUGUGCUGCUCCCUAUGUAAGCACCCUCUGUAAUUCCAUCAGGAUCUCAAAGGUCUGGAGCUCAGGUUCAGCCACAGUACCUGCAAUGCAAUGAAAUUAAUGGUAUUAUGAUAUAAUGAUAUGAUAAUAUUAAUGCAGGCUGUUGUGCAGUACACCUACUAAGGUUCUGGGAAAUAGAAUCCACAAGACAUGAUAUACACCUUAUCCUUCCUUUUCCUCCAAAACACUGCCACGAUCUGUCAACACCAUCAUUUAACAGAUGUUGAAAGAAAGACUCUAAAAAAUAACUUGCCCAAGGCCAGUCAGUGAGUUGGCUGCAAACUCUCUGUCUUUCCCCAUUUCUUCCUUUUCUCUAUUCCACAUAGUAUUUAAGUCAUCACCUCCUGUUCACCCCACAGUGCUCAGCUCUGCCACCCCUCACUCACUGGAGCACCAGUGCUCAGGUCACCCACUAUGCCUACCUUGCACAUCCCACCUCUGGCUGCACCCACAGGCUCACGCUAGGCAGGGAAGGGCAGGUAAGGGCAUCAGGCAUUGUGCCCUUCCACAGCCAGGCUCAUGGAGGGCUUUCUGAGCAGAGAUUCUAAUUCUGCCAGCUGACCUGGUAGAAGCCCCCAGGCUGCAGCCCUGUUCUGCCCACUUCCACUCCCAUGCAUAGGGACAUCCACAACAUCCACACUCCAGGUAACUGGAUCCACCUCCCCACUGCAGCAUUUCAGAAGAUGCUAAGUGCAGGAUGAACCACACACUUCCUUCUCCAAACUAGGCCACUUUUGAGAGUAAAAGAGGCAUUAUUAAUAACUGAGACAACAGGUGGAUGCUGGACAUAUGUCAUUCACCCUGUUUGACAAACUCCUGUCGCCUCUCACCAGCAGAGGAGGCUGUGAGACCAGAAGACUUGGAAGGAAGUGGCAGGCACUGAUUGUUUCUAAGGGAGCUGGGUUGGAUCCUGGUUUUGUGUGGUUGGGAGGCUGGCACCUGGCAGUCCCCUCAAGCCAAGCAUGAUGUAGUGGGAGUAGGUUAUCUUUCUUCUCACUGCCUUAGUGUCCUCAGGAUUGCCUUGGGGCCACUUUUCUUGUCAUCAGGAAGUGAGCAGGACCACAGCUGAUGACCCUCAGCCUGUCAUUUUGGUGCAAUCCAGGGUUUAACUGGCCGGGGAGUAAAGGGGACUGUUGCACCAUUCCAGGCUGGCUGAGCCUUGUAUCUCACCUCCCCACAUCUCUGUAUCCCUGGGGCUAAAUGGGGCUGUUUCCAUGCUCCUUCUAGAAGCUUCUCCAGCACCAGCCUUCCCCCAAACCAGAACAAGAGCAUUGAUCUAUACCCAAGAGGAGCAGGAAUCAGCAGAAACACAAUGGAAGAAACUGAUAUGCCAUCUAGUGGAAACACAGAAAGCCUCAAAUGAAAACCUCAGCCAAAAUGAGGCCACUCAACCAGUGUCCAGUGAAUCAAGUUUCUGACAAAAGUCAGCUAAAUCAAACACCUCUGUGUUUCACCCUUUUUGAUGGCAACGCCAUAAAUGUGACUGCUGCUCAGAAAGCCAAGUAAAGAAAAUAUAAUGGGGCUGCUAUUGGCUCAUUCCGAAUCAGGCAUUUUCUCUCAGGUCAGCAUUUGGGAUCAGAAUUUUGAUUACAUAAUAUUGUCGAAGGCAACAGAAAAGGACCAUUGACUCACAGGGUGUUACAGCUGAUAAAGGACUUCAGAAUUAAUCAACAAACAUUGAGGCAACAUUAACUAAAGGUCAAGAACUAUUCUAACCACCUUAUAAAUAUUUAUUCACUUAAUUCUCACAGCAGCCCUAUAUAUAAGCACUAGCAUUAUCUCCACUUGACAGAUAAGGAAACUGAGGCAUGAAAAAGUUAAGAAACGUUCUCAAGGACACACAGCUGAGAUAAGGCUUCGCACCCGUUUGGUUAGGCUCGGAAGCCACUGCACCAUGCCCAAGGUCACAGAGCAAGGAGUCCAAGCAGUAUUUCCCUUACUCAGAGAUGUGAAUAGCCAGAAACACUUAGGAUGUUUGGUUUUACAACCCACAACCUCCUCCCCCACCUUCCCCAAAAGAUAAACUAUUUUCUUUUUUUCUGGAACUUACCUAACAUAACAUAAUCUACAUAAAUCUACAAAAUAAUGUUGUUCAUGAGAAAGGCAUAUUCGAUUCAAGCUUAUCCACCUUAAAUUGCUUCCGCAUAACCAACCUAGACGUAUACAGAGUCCCUUCUGUUAGUUCCUUUGAUGGAUUUUUGCUUUUUUUCUCCUGAAAGUAAAAAGCAGGAACAUAUACUGUGAUUUAUUAGGUUUUGCAUCUGUGACAAGGAAUGCAGUCCUGGAGAGGGCGGUAAUUAGCUAAUGCUUCUGGAAUGCUGCUUCCUUCCCACCAGCCCCUGGAGGUCAGCAGGCCAGGGGCGAAGGCAGCUUUGUCCUGCCCCUAUGGGAGGUUGUGUUUCUCGACCCAGUGUCUUGAGUUUGCUUCGGGGCCGGCAUCUAUGGAGAGCAGGGAGCAUUUGCACUCCUUGGGGAAGAGGCAUGAGGAGGGGCAGCGGUGUCCUAAGCUCCUAGUGACUCAGUCUAUUCUUGACCUGCCAUCACAGGGAUGAGUUUGGCCUGAAUGAAAGUCACACACCCUGAGCAGGCUCUGAGGUUUGGUUUAGUCCACAGUUUUUCAACCUCAGGACUAUUGAAGUUUUGUCGUGGGGGCUACUGGAUGCACUGUGAAAUGUUAGCAGCAUCCCUGACCCUCCACCACUAGAUGCCAGUAAUGGCUGUAACUGUAAUAGGUUCGCUGCCUGAUGGGCAGCCAGCAAGUCAGUACACCGAGACAGCCAGUUGCAGCAGAGAAAGAGGGUUCAUUGCAGAGCCACUGAAUAAGACGGGAGGAAACCUCAAAUUUGUCUCCCCAAGGAGUUUUAGGGUUAGGGUUUUUAAGGGUUUUAGAGUUGACCAAAGUGUGGAGAUCAGUGGUUGAUCGAAGAGUGCAGGGUGAAGGCAUUGGACAAGAAGAUGAAGACGCUGUAUUCUCAUACUGAUCCGGUUCCUCUGUGAGGUGAGGGUCUUCUAGCUGGUUGGUGUGAGCUGUUCCACUGGAAUUCAGGAUCUGAAAAGCAUCUUAAGCAAUUUUUUUUUUUUUUUUUUGAGACGGAGUCUCACUCUGUCAUCCAGGCUAGAGUGCAGUG